AUGGAACCCAAUUCAGAACGUAGCCAGACCGUGGUGCUGCACGCCGGCUUCGGCGUCGGCCACCUCGCCCCCAUGGUGGAGCUCGCCAAGCUCUUCCUCGGCCGUGGCUACGCCGUCAUCGUCGCUGUCCCGACCCCUCCUGCCUCCGCCUCCGCCGACAUCUUGGCGUCGUCCGCCCCCGCGGUCGCGCGCAUCGCUGCUGCCAACCCUUCCGUCUCCUUCCACAGCCUCCCGCCCCCGGACUACCCCGAGCCGGACUCCAAUGGCUUCCAGCAGAUACUCGACGUGAUCCGCCUCACCGUACCGGUCCUCCUGAUGUUCCUCCGCUCCCUCCCGUCCGUCGCCGCCGUCGUGCUGGACCUCUUCUGUGUCGACGCCCUCGACGCCGCAGCGGCGGCCGGUGUGCCGGCGUACUUCUACUUCACCUCCUCCGCCGGGGUCCUCGCCGCGUUCCUCCACCUCCCCCACCACUUCGCCACCACGGAAGGCAACUUGAAGGACAUGGGGAAGGCGCUCCUCCACUUUCCGGGCGUCCCUCCGAUCCCGGCGUCGGACAUGCCGUGCAACGUGCUCGACCGCGCGGACCCGAUCGGCGCUUCGCUGAUCUAUCACUACCGGCGCAUGCCGGGGGCACGGGGCAUGCUGAUCAACACCUAUGAAUGGUUGGAGGCGAGGGCCGUGGCGGCGCUCAGGGAGGGCGCGUGCGUGCCCGACCGCCCCACGCCGCCGGUUUACUGCAUCGGGCCGCUGAUCGUGAAAGGAGAGCGACAUGCGUGCCUCGCGUGGCUUGACGCGCAGCUGGAGCGGAGCGUCGUGUUCGUCAGCUUCGGCAGCAUGGGCGCCGUAUCGGCGGAGCAGCUGAAGGAGAUAGCUCGUGGUCUGGAGAAUUCCGGCCACCGUUUCCUGUGGGCGGUGCGGAGCCCGCCGGAGGACCCGGCCAAGCUCUCCUUGCCCCGUCCGGAGCCAGACCUGGACGCGCUGCUCCCGGAGGGGUUCUUGCAGAGGACGAGGGACCGAGGAAUGGUGGUGACGACGUGGGCGCCGCAGGUGGAGGUGCUGCGCCACGCCGCGACGGGCGGGUUCGUGACGCACUGCGGGUGGAACUCUGUGCUGGAGGCGGCGGCGGCCGGAGUCCCGAUGCUGUGCUGGCCGCAGUACGCCGAGCAGAGGCUGAACAAGGUGCUCGUGGUGGACGGAAUGCAGCUCGGUGUGGUGAUGGACGGCUACGACGAGGAGCUCGUCAAGGCAGAGGAAGUGGAGAAGAAGGUGAGGGUAGUGAUGGAGUCUGAGGAAGGCCGGAAGCUCAGAGUGAGGCAGGCAAUGGCGAAGGAGAUGGCCGCGGAGGCGCUGGCAGAUGGCGGGCCGUCGUGCAUGGCGUUCUCUGAAUUCGUGAAGGACUUGGAGCUAGCGCGCCAAACGAUCAAGUGAUGAUCACUAAUCACUGACCCUGAGAGCAAGUAUAAUAGCGUGCUAUAAGGGCAUUCUCCACCCAAUAACUAAGAUGAUGUCUAUAACAUUAAAUAAGUUAUCUCAUAAGAGCAAGGUUAACAAUGUAGCCAAUAAGCUAGCUAUAAGAUUUCUUCUCUUAGCCCACCCAUAUACUAGUUAGCU